AUGGCCAAGACCCGUAGUGACCAUCUGCUGUACUCCCUGGAAGAGCUGGUGCCCUAUGACUUUGAGAAGUUCAAGUUCAAGCUGCAGAACACCAGCCUGGAGAAGGAGCACUCCCGGAUUCCCCGGGGCCAACUCCAGACAGCCAAGCCAGUGAAGCUGGCCACUCUGCUGGUCACCCACUAUGGGGAGGAGGACGCCGUGCGGCUGACCCUGCAGGUCCUGAGGGCCAUCAACCAGCACCUUCUGGCAGAGGAGCUCAACAGUGCAAUCGGCCCAGGGAGACUGCAGGACAAGGCUAUGUGUCCCCUUUGCUGUGCCCAGGAAGGAGACCCGGUUGGUGGCAGCUGCGUGCAUGUUUCCUGCAGCUGCCCCGUUGCUUCUAGGGAUCCUGAGGUCUCACGUGGCUACUCAUCCAGCUGCCCUCAGUGCCAGGACUUGCUCCCGGGGAAGAGCCAUGGAAGCCUCGACCCCAAGUCCCUGCCACAGUGUGAGCGUCACAUGAAGCAGGUCCAGCUGCUCUUCUGCGAGGACCACGGGGAACCCAUCUGCCUCAUCUGCGGGCUGAGUCAGGAGCACCGAGGCCACCGGGUUCGCCCCAUCGAGGAGGCCGCCCUGGAAUACAAGAAACAAAUUCAGAAGCAGCUGGAGCAUCUGAAGGAGUUGAGAAAAUCUGGAGAGAAGCAGAGAUCUCAGGGGGAUAAGAAGACAGCAAACUUCCUGAAACAAGCUGAAACCCAGAAGCAGAGAAUCCAGUACCAGUUGGAGCAGUUAUGCCAGUUUUUAGAGCAGCAAGAGCAGCUCUUUGUGGCCUGUCUGGAGGAGCUGGGCCAGACCAUUGGCCAAGUCAGGGAGACAUAUGGCACCUGGGUGACAGGGGACAUCGCCCUUCUCGACAAGCUGAUUGGGGAGCUGGAGGCCAAGCAGUGCCAGCCAGAAUGGGAGCUUAUGAAGGACGUCAGAGUCACCCUGCACAGGGCCAAGAAGGUGACUGUCCCUGAGCUGUGGGCCACCCCUCCAGAGGUGAAAGAAAAGAUCCACCUGCUCUACCAGAAAUCAGAGUUUGUGGAGAAGCGCAUGAGGCACUUCUUGGAAACCCUGCGUUCAGAAAUGGAAAUGUUCAACGUUCCAGAAGUGACUGGUGGUCAGGCACCCUGAGUUAAUGUGAUUCUGGAAGCAGAAGCUGCCCACCCCAACCUCAUCUUUAUCUUCUCUGAUGACUUGAAGAGUGUGAGACUUGGAAAAAAGUGGGACCGUCUACCUGCUAGUCCAGAAAGAUUCUAUAGCUGAAUCAUUGCCCUGGGCUCUCUGAGUUUGCUCUCUAGCUGCCAUUACUGAGAAGUGAAGGUGGGAGACAAGACAGGGUGGGUCCUGGGUGUCUGCAAGGCAGCCACGAGCAGCAAGGAGAAUAUGGCUCUCUCACCAGAGAAUAGUUAUUGGGUAGAAAUGAUGAUGAAGUAAAAUGAGUGCCAGGCGUCCAACUUUCCCUCCACCCGGAUGAGGGAGCCCCCCAGGCAUGUGGGCAUCUUCCUGAACUACAAGACUGGGGACAUUUCCUUUUACACUGUGACAGCCAAAUCCCACAUCUCAACAUCCAUUGGCUUCUUUUCCUCUGGGCCCCUUCAACCUAUCUUCAGCCCCAGGACACAUGAUGGAGAGAACAUGGAUCCUCUGAAUAUCCAUCCAGUGGGUGGCCAGGGGCCUCACUGAAUAUCCAACACUUUGCAUCUUUCUUCAGGCUCCUGCCCUGUAUCUUGAAUCCAUACAUUCAACAGUCAUUAUUGAACACCUACUGGGUUCCAGCU